UCCAGUGAGGUUCAGUCUCUGCGGCUGUCAGUCAGUGGUGAUCCCACUCCGUGCAGGUUUAUCAGGAACUACAACAGGAGUGAUGCAGCGGGCUUUGUUCAGCCGGAGCGCGCUGCUCGCCCAGCAGGCAGCAGCGGCCCUCGACAGUCCGCUGGCCGCGAGGGGCGCGCCUCUUCUGCAGCGGCUGGACCGCUCCAUGUCCUCCGUCACCAUCCCGCCGCCAGCAUGCAUGCUCCGGCCGCUGGAAGUUCCGCAGCGCUACCUGUUCGGACCGGGACCCUCGAACGUUCCUCCGCGUAUCUUAGCUGCUCAGGGCAGACCGAUAAUUGGUCACCUGCAUCCAGAAAUGUAUGAGGUCAUGAAUGACAUCAAGCGAGGGAUCCAGUACGUCUUUCAGACAGAGAACAACAUGACAAUAGCUAUGAGCGGCUCCGGUCAUGCGGCCAUGGAGUGUGCAGUGUUCAAUACGGUGGAGCCCGGAGAGAGCGUGCUCGUAGCCAUUAACGGAAUCUGGGGAGAGCGCGUAGCAGAAAUUGCCGAAAGAAUGGGUGCCAAUGUACAUAGAAUGGUAAAACCACCUGGUGGAUAUUUCAGCAAUAAGGAAAUUGAAAAGGCCAUAGGAACACACAAGCCUGUCCUGUUUUUCCUCACACAUGGAGAGUCCUCCGCUGGCCUCUGUCACCCAGUAGACGGCAUUGGAGACAUCUGCAGAAAAAAUAACUGCCUCUUCCUGGUUGACACGGUUGCAUCUCUUGGCGCGACCCCAAUUUUUAUGGACAAGCAAAACAUUGACAUACUGUACAGCGGUUCUCAGAAGGCUUUGAAUACGCCUCCUGGCACAGCACCCAUCUCCUUCAAUGAGAGAGCAUGCCACAAGAUGUUUAACAGGAAAACAAAGCCAGUAUCCUACCUCUUUGAUAUGACACAUUUGUCCAACUACUGGGGAUGUGAUGGCCAACCAGCCAGACUGUACCACCACACUGGACCCGUGUCUGGAUUCUUUGCCCUGAGAGAAGGUUUGGCAAUCAUUGCUGAAAAGGGGCUGGAGGAGUCCUGGAAGAAACACAAGGAGGUGGCAUCCUACCUGUACCGAGGCCUAGAGGACUUGGGCCUCAAGCUCUUCGUUCCUGAAAGGGAAUUGAGGCUUCCCUCCGUCACCACCAUCUCCAUUCCUGACGGCUACAACUGGAGGGAGCUGCUGGCCUACAUAAUGAAACACCACCAGAUGGAGAUGACCGGAGGCCUGGGCCCUUCCAUCGGCAUGGUGAUGAGGAUCGGCUUGAUGGGAUACAACUGCGAGAAGACGAACGCUGACAUGGCACUGCACGCCCUGGCAGACGCUCUGAAGAACUGCAAAAAGAGCAAGGUUUAGGAGACAUGAGUCCCCCGGCCCCUCACGCUGUACAAUGUCACCACAUGAUUGAUAUCUGAAACAGCGCAUAAAGUUCGGGAAUUGUUAUGAUGUGAUAUGAAUAAAACCUAAUGUGCUUUUAUUGUAUAAGUAGGAUAGUUUUUAAAUCAAGGAGCAGGUAUUAACUGGUCCAUGCUGAGGCUGUUGAAAGAUGUCAAUAAAGUGUUCUUGGAUUCAUCAAACACAAGAAAGGUGCACGGUCUGAACUACAUUUCCCAAGAUCCCCCUUACUGCGAUGGCCGUAUAUAAAACUACGUCAUAUUAGCUCAACACUGACGGGGAUGAACUGUUCAUUUAAUCGUGUGCCUCAGUUUAAGGUUCGUAGUGAUCCUCGCGUGCCUGCAGCCUGGUCUAUUAAUGGCGUGUCCGUUCAGUCACACAG